ACUGCAAACAGACAUUUUUUCAUUAUAUAUAUAUGUGUAAAAGUUAUUUAAAAUUAUAAAUUAUCAUAGGUAAUCUGGUCAAAGGACCUUUAUGUUUAAUUAAAUGUGGAAAGCCUAAAACAAAAUGAGUACACUACAUUUAUUUUAUUUAUACCUAUAAUUAUCUGACAAUAAUACAUAAACCGAUGAUCACUUACACACUCAUACAACCUUAUUAGAUUGUAUAUAAGCAGUCGGCAUGCAUUGAUUAUAGACAGUGUUAAAUCUCAACAUCAUUUACUAGACUUGAUGCGUCGUCGCUUCACAACAUUACAAAACCGCUACAAGACUACAUAACAAGUAAAAAUACAAUGUCUUCAUAUACCAAUGUUACUGACGAAAGCUCAUCAAAUGAAGAUCAAUCGGAAUCAUACAAGGAUAUUUUUAUGGAUUUGAUAUCAAAAGGGAAAGUUGAAAAUGAUGUAUUGAACACAUUAACAAUGAAGGAAGGAAAUAAUUCAUACACUUUUAAAUGCCCUGUUGCACCACACUGUGAAGACUACUAUGUUAUUCAGCAUUACAAAAUUAGUACAAUUCAAGAUAUUCCGUCAGAUGAAAGAUGGAAACAUGCGGAAGCUAGUAUUAAAAUUCAUACAUCUACUAGAGAUACAAAAGAUUCGAACAUUUCAAACAAAAUCAAUGACGUUGUUCGUGAAAUAUUGGACCGGUUUUCAGCAGAUCCUAAGAAAAAAAUUAUUAAAAAUACUAAAAAAUAAAUUAACAACAAUUUAAAUGUAUAUACUAUAUUAUCAAUAUUGCAAAUUAUAAACAUUUAUAAUUUAAUGAUUGUAUAAUAAAAAUAGU